GUCGGCAGCGCCGGGGCGGCUGCGAGCGGGCGGGCGGGGAGAGCGAGCGCAGCGGGAGCGGCGGCGGCGGCGGCCGGGACGCGGUGUUAGAGAGAAGUUGACCAUGACAACCUUCCUGGAAUUCAUCCAGCAGAAUGAGGACAGAGAUGGAGUUAGAUUCAGCUGGAAUGUUUGGCCUUCAAGUCGUCUUGAAGCUACAAGAAUGGUAGUCCCGGUGGCUGCCCUCUUCACGCCACUGAAAGAACGGCCGGACUUGCCUCCCAUUCAGUAUGAGCCAGUGUUGUGCAGUAGGACCACGUGCCGAGCUGUUCUGAAUCCCUUAUGCCAAGUGGAUUAUCGAGCAAAACUCUGGGCUUGCAACUUUUGUUACCAGAGAAACCAGUUUCCUCCUACUUAUGCUGGCAUAUCUGAAAUGAAUCAGCCAGCUGAACUUUUGCCUCAGUUCUCCAGCAUUGAAUAUGUAGUACAGCGUGGUCCUCAGAUGCCAUUGAUAUUUCUUUAUGUUGUGGAUACAUGCAUGGAAGAUGAAGACUUGCAAGCUCUGAAGGAAUCCAUGCAAAUGUCCCUUAGUCUCCUGCCACCAACUGCAUUAGUAGGUCUCAUUACCUUUGGCCGAAUGGUGCAAGUUCAUGAGCUUGGCUGUGAAGGGAUUUCCAAAAGUUAUGUCUUCAGAGGAACAAAGGACCUCUCUGCAAAACAGCUUCAGGAAAUGCUGGGGCUUACAAAAGUAGCUGUUGCACAAGUCGGUCGGGGUCCUCAAGUGCAGCAGCCACCACCUUCUAACAGAUUUUUGCAACCAGUGCAGAAGAUUGAUAUGAAUCUUACUGAUCUUUUGGGUGAACUGCAACGGGAUCCUUGGCCUGUUCCACAAGGAAAACGGCCCUUACGUUCUUCUGGAGUGGCCCUAUCUAUAGCUGUUGGGCUCCUUGAGUGCACUUUCCCCAAUACUGGUGCACGCAUAAUGAUGUUCAUUGGAGGACCAGCAACACAGGGACCUGGCAUGGUUGUAGGGGAUGAAUUGAAGUUACCUAUAAGAUCAUGGCAUGACAUCGAAAAAGACAAUGCAAAAUACGUUAAAAAGGGUACUAAGCAUUUUGAAGCCCUGGCUAAUCGAGCUGCUACAAAUGGUCAUGUUAUUGACAUCUAUGCAUGUGCAUUGGAUCAGACUGGUCUACUGGAGAUGAAGUGUUGUCCCAACUACACUGGAGGCUACAUGGUAAUGGGAGACUCUUUCAAUACAUCAUUAUUCAAACAAACUUUUCAGAGAGUAUUCACUAAAGAUAUGCAAGGACAAUUUAAGAUGGGAUUUGGUGGCACAUUAGAAAUAAAGACUUCAAGAGAAGUAAAGAUUUCUGGAGCGAUUGGACCCUGUGUCUCUCUCAACUCUAAGGGACCUUGUGUCUCAGAAAAUGAGAUUGGAACAGGAGGCACUUGUCAGUGGAAGAUUUGUGGUCUUAAUCCUACUACAACACUUGCACUGUACUUUGAGGUGGUAAACCAGCACAAUGCUCCCAUUCCUCAAGGAGGACGUGGUGCAAUCCAGUUUGUGACUCAGUACCAGCAUUCCAGUGGUCAGAGACGUAUCAGAGUGACCACAGUUGCCCGAAACUGGGCAGAUGCACAGACUCAGAUUCAAAACAUUGCUGCAUCUUUUGACCAGGAAGCUGCUGCAAUUCUCAUGGCUAGAUUGGCAGUGUACAGGGCAGAGACAGAAGAGGGCCCUGAUGUGCUGAGGUGGCUGGACAGACAGCUUAUACGACUGUGUCAGAAAUUUGGAGAAUAUCACAAGGAUGAUCCAAGCUCUUUCAGAUUUUCAGAAACAUUUUCACUUUACCCACAGUUCAUGUUUCACUUGAGAAGAUCUCCUUUCUUACAAGUUUUUAACAACAGUCCGGAUGAGAGCUCCUACUAUCGUCAUCAUUUUAUGCGUCAAGAUCUAACCCAGUCGCUUAUCAUGGUUCAGCCAAUUCUUUAUGCCUACUCUUUCAAUGGACCUCCAGAGCCUGUUCUUCUGGAUAGCAGCAGCAUUUUACCAGAUCGCAUUCUCCUUAUGGACACCUUUUUCCAAAUCCUUAUUUAUCAUGGAGAGACCAUAGCACAGUGGCGUAAGUCAGGCUACCAAGAUAUGCCAGAAUAUGAAAAUUUCCACCACUUGCUACAAGCUCCAGUAGACGAUGCCCAAGAAAUUCUCCAUUCCAGAUUUCCAAUGCCCAGAUACAUUGAUACAGAGCAUGGAGGAAGCCAGGCUCGUUUCCUGCUUUCAAAAGUAAAUCCCUCUCAGACUCAUAACAAUAUGUAUGCAUGGGGACAGGAGUCUGGAGCACCCAUUCUUACUGAUGAUGUCAGCUUACAAGUAUUUAUGGAUCAUCUGAAGAAACUCGCUGUCUCAAGUGCUGCCUGAAAUUCUGCAGUGCAUUGGUGGCACAGAUAAACUGCAGCCAUGUUUCAGCUUUUUUCUCCUUUACCCUUUUCCAUGUCUCUCUUGACAGAAUGC